UUUAGCAGAGCACAGAAACCCACCAGCAGCUUUCCAAAUAUUUCCACAACCCGUGUGGCUUCCGAGGAUGGACUCUGCUAGGAAACUUGAGCCUUGGUUUGAUAAAGACUUGUGUGCGAGAACCAUUCCUCUUGAUUUCCUGUAAUUCAAUCCCAGCGGGGGUGAAAAUAUUAGCAGGGCGGCAGCUCGAGGGGAACCACCAGAAGCCGAAGGCACUGCUAAAUGCGGUGGUUGAGCCACAACUGGCUCAGACUCAGCAGCAGGCAGCCAGGCACUUCCAGCGCUCUCUGGUCCUUCAGGCACACAAGUUUGUUGUUUUUGCAGCGGGGUGACCGGGAGCUGGGCUUUUGGAAAGGGGGUGGGGGCAAGGCCACAGCCUCUAAAUCUGUUCUCGCAAAAUUGCAGAAGGUGCAGUUAAUGCAGUUGAGGUCUGCCUGUAGAAAGGAGAGAAAGGAGGGGACAUGGUGGGGGUUUCUGCCUACCCGUUGCGGUUGCCUCUGAGAAACUCAAAGCCAGAAUGUGCUUCAGCUCCUUAAAGAGAUAGACCACCAGGGUGUUAGCAGUAACAGGCUUCUGCGCUAUAGGCUCUAGUGGCUUCCCUUUGCAGUGCAUUUGACCUGCAGUGGCCAUUAGCGUCAGAGAAACCUCGAGAGGAAUGCAACUUGUCACUGGAGCUAUUUUGGUUAUGUGCAGGCGCUAACGAUUGUAAUCACGGCGUGGGACCUGAACCAGUUGGUUUGCUGCUUCUUCUCUUCUGUUUAUUCCUCCACCUUUUUUCUUCUGUUUCCAUUUCCAUGAGUGGCAGAGCAAGCUUUUUUGCUAUGCCUUGUUUUUCCCUUCGAUUCCGCUCAGGAUUAGAGCGUUAGACUGGAUGGCGCGACGUCUGCGUCUCCAUUUCGCCGCAAGAAGAAGCAACACCGACCCUUUAUCCGAGAGCCUGAGCCAUGGUACGCAGGACGGGCUGGGGAUACCUGCACGGAGCCCUGGUGAGGGACCGGCUAUUCCUAACUCCUUUCAUAUGAAAGUGACUUCAGGGCAGCUUGCUCUGGCACUGCCGCCCCUGUCACCAGAUUAUGGCAGCUUGCAGCGGCACACUACUGUAUUUGUACCGAAAGUGAACAGCGCAGCUGGUAGCAAGAAGAGCAGCAUGGUGCAAAUUUCAUUGCAGCCUUGCGGCAAACAGAACGUGGAUUUAGAUGGAGGUGGCGGUGGUGUUAUCAGUGGCAGUGACGAAGUAGACUCUGGGAUUUGUGAUGGAAAUGCCGGGGCAAGUUCUGAUGGAGGGUCCUGUAGUAGUAGCACAGCAAGCGACGUCGGCUACUGCAGCAGCAGCAGCAUAUUUGAAACUGACAUCUUGGAACGCAAAGGACAGGCGCAGGACAGGGGCCCAUGCCGACGGAAAGCAAAAGUUCCAUUACGGCGUUGCUCGUCAUUGGUCAUUUUCCCAAGGAGUCCUUGUACCACUCCGCCUGCCUCACCAGUCAGUCCUGUGGCAUCUCCUUUGAUUCCCCCUCUUCCUCCGUCUGCCCGCGGCUCCUUUCAGACCUCCCACCAGCUGCAGCUGUCCGCAGCUGAUGCAUCACAGGAUGAGGCGCAGCCCAAGGUCUCUGUGGCCUCGGCGGUGAACGGCCUGCGGCUGUCCAAGAGCAACUGCCCACCUGCCGAGUUUAGGGACGCCAAGCCCAUCUUGCAUUGCAGUGUCUCGACAGAACCAUCGCAGAGUUCGGAACGAACUGAAAGACACUCCAGCGUGCUGGUGCACUACGCUAACCAGCCUCCACUCCCUCCAGGGAAAGGGAACAGGACAACAACGGUCAACAUCGAGUGCUCCAAACUUCGGGAGCAGUCGGAGGAUGCCAGCGCGAGGCCCGUGAACCGUAAUCCAAAGCUUUUCCGCAGCACUUCAGUGUGCGGGCUGCCCACAGGGAAGCUGUCUGGAGAGAGGAGGCACCACACUUGUCCGACCAUCGGCAAAUCGGACGUGCCACAGGAUUCCCACCGUGGCUUGCAGAGGAGCAUUUCCCUGGAGGUGCCCUGCUCUAGCGCUGGGAUAUCAUGCCAUGUGUCUAACACAAAACAGCCUUGCUUCACGAACGGAACAGCGCAUGUGCACAUACACGUGUCUCGAGGCAGCGGUUCAAAAGUGCCCGACGCUCCAAAGGAUGUCUGUGGAAAUAGUAAACAGGAUCAGGCUUUCACUUUCUCGGAGGAAACCAGCUCAACGCGAGAUGACUUCCUGGGCCAAGUGGACGUUCCUUUGCACCAAAUACCGACAGAAGCACCAGGCAGUGAGAGGCCAUACACAUUCAAAGAUUUUCUGCUGCAUCCAAGAAGCCACAAGUCGAGAGUCAAAGGCCACCUGCGGCUAAAGAUGACCUACCUGCCCAAAAACGGCUCAGAAGAGGAGCAGGCUGAGCAGACAGAAGAGAUGGACCCCGGUUGGGAGUUUCUAGAGAGUCAGGAGAUUUGUGGCCCACGCCACCCUCACCAGCUGCCUGCACUGCCACCUGGCUGGGAGGAGAGGCAGGACAACUUGGGACGCACCUACUAUGUCAACCAUGAGAACCGGACCACACAAUGGCACAGACCCACUAUCCAGGAUGUGCAGAGAGAGGCGGAGCAGAGGCAGAGCACACACACCCAGCACCCUUUCAUCACUCGCAGACAAAUCUCUGAGCACGAGGAGAGCAGCGACCGUCGAGAGUCUCCUGAGAGUUGGGAGAUUAUCACUGAGGACGAUGGUACUCUUUAUAGCAGUCAGGUCUCACCCCCUCCCCCCCACUCUCCGCUGGAAUACACAUCUUUCUGUGAGGAGUUCUGCAGACUGCAGACUGGCAACGAGAGACGCACCUCACUCACGCCACAGGGACAUGGCAGUCGCAGAGGGAGUACCCAGAUGCUGACUGUAGAGGAGCACCCAGUUCACCCUGUGAUGUUGCCCACUACUCCAGGCCUGCCCCCUGGCUGGGAGGAGAAGCAGGACAGUAAGGGCAGAGUUUACUUCAUCAACCACAACAGCAGAAUCACUACCUGGACCCGACCACUUAUCCAGUUAAUCCAGCCAUCUGAAGGAGCUGCUGCGUCUGGUGGUUCAUCAGGAUACCGCUGUCAGAGCCCCACAGUUUACGCCCCACCUCUGCUCUCACCCGACGCCUCUCCCCUGCAUUCCCCCGCCCCCUUACACUCGCCCGCCCCCUUACACUCACCCGCCCCCUUACACUCACCCGGUCCACACCGUUCACCUGGCCCACAGCACUCGCCAGGUCCACACUCUCACACACACACCUUUGAGUAUGCAGGGUGCAUGCCUGUCGGCUGGGAGGUGCGGAGCGCGCCCAACGGACGGCCCUUCUUCAUCGACCACAACACCAAGACCACUACAUGGGAUGACCCCCGGCUUAAGAUUCCAGCACACAUGAGGAGACGACCCUCGCUCGACCCCAACGAUCUUGGCCCACUACCGCCUGGCUGGGAGGAGAGGAUUCACAGCGAUGGGAGAAUCUUCUACAUUGAUCACAACACUAAGACUACACAGUGGGAGGACCCUAGACUACAGAACUCUGCCAUUACUGGACCAGCUGUGCCUUACUCCAGAGAUUACAAGCAGAAGUAUGAGUAUUUCCGCAGAAAGCUGAAGAAACCAGCAGACAUCCCGAACCGGUUUGAGAUGUCAGUGAGGCGGAACGCUCUGCUGGAAGAUUCCUACCGCCGAAUCCUGUCUGUCAAAAAGCCGGACCUCCUGAAGGCCCGCCUUUGGUUAGAGUUUGCAGGAGAGAAGGGGCUGGACUACGGAGGAGUGGCCCGGGAGUGGUUCUUCCUCAUCUCCAAGGAGAUGUUCAACCCUUAUUAUGGGCUGUUUGAGUACUCUGCUACGGACAACUAUACACUACAGAUCAACCCCAACUCAGGCCUCUGCAAUGAGGAUCAUCUCUCCUACUUUAAAUUCAUUGGGCGUGUGGCGGGCAUGGCUGUCUACCAUGGCAAACUGCUGGACGCUUUCUUCAUUCGCCCAUUCUACAAGAUGAUGCUGCAGAAGCCAAUCACAUUACAGGAUAUGGAGUCUGUGGACAGCGAGUAUUUUAACUCUCUGAAGUGGAUCCUGGAGAAUGACCCUGCUGACCUGGACCUCCGAUUCACCAUCGAUGAAGAACUAUUUGGACAGACGCACCAGCACGAGCUAAAGCCAGGGGGCACUGAUAUCGUUGUCAAUGACAGCAACAAGAAGGAAUACAUCCAUCUGGUGAUGCAGUGGAGAUUCGUAAACCGGAUUCAGAAGCAAAUGACCUCUUUCAAAGAGGGCUUUUAUGAGCUCAUCCCACAGGACCUGAUUAAGAUCUUUGAUGAGAAUGAGCUGGAGUUGCUGAUGUGUGGUUUGGGAGAUGUGGAUGUGAAUGACUGGAGGGAGAACACCAAGUACAAGAACGGCUAUGGACCCAACCAGCCCGUCAUCCAGUGGUUCUGGAAGACUGUUCUUCUAAUGGAUGCUGAGAAGCGAAUCCGGUUGCUUCAGUUUGUGACGGGAACCUCCCGCGUGCCCAUGAACGGCUUUGCUGAGCUCUAUGGGUCCAAUGGGCCACAGUUGUUCACCAUAGAGCAGUGGGGCACCCGUGACAAACUGCCCAGAGCGCACACAUGCUUUAAUCGUCUGGAUCUGCCUCCGUACGAGUCGUUUGAGGAGCUGCGGGAGAAGCUGAACAUUGCGAUUGAAAACGCUCAGGGCUUCGAUGGGGUGGACUAGUGGAGGUGCCCCUCCGGCCGCGGCCACAGCGUUACCACAGUGCCGGAAUCCCGGCUGACAGGCUGUGAGAGCGGGUGUAGUGGGCGGAUGGAGCGACGUGGGUGCACUGCAGUGGAUGUUGUGGCAGCGCUCUGAUCCAAGUUGAAGCGUUGAGUUUGGACUCAAGACUUCUCCGAAUAAAGAGGCCUGGAUUUUCUCCUGUCGAGGAAAAACUCUGAAUGAUAUCACUCUUUAAGGCUCUGUAUCAUGAGCUCAUAUCUAUGAAGUUUACAGAAACAAUGUCCAAAUCACUCCGUAAUGUAAUGUACACUUUGAAUAAGUAUCUACAGCUGUUGACGUACAGUUUUUCGCCGCAGAGGCUCGAUAUCUUGCACAUUUGUAUACGUUUUUAGCUCGUAAGCCUUUUUGAUGUAUGUUCUUAUGUACAGAUUAUAUUGCGAAGAGGGUGUGAUGUUGGCAGAGCUUUGAGGGUAUCUUCUGUGAUUUGGUUUUGGAUUUGAAGCUUUUAACAGCCUGUAAAAUUCGCUGUAUCAUUUUCUGUUCUUCUACAGAUUCGGGGCUUUUGUAAGUCAUGAUAGCGUUGUUGAUAUUAAGAGCAUCUAUUGGCAGUGUUUUAAUUGAAGUGUUCACCUGUGUUGCCUCCAUCUCAGGUUUUGGUGGCAGUAUUCACUUAAGACACUCGCGUGUCCUUUCUUUUCCCGCUCACGUCUCCUUUCGUUCUUGCUAAUUUAUUCUUUAUACUAACAGUAAAAUUUUUACGUUUACUUUGUUUACUGGUGGCCCACUUUAGAAAGCUCUAAAUCUGAAGUCUAAUAUUCUCUUAAUAUCUGAUUUUAAUUUUGUACUUUUAAUGCUUUUUGAGGGUCUUUCUUUCCUUUCUUUAUUCUUUCUUUAUUUUUUAAAUAACAUUUUUUAAGUCUUAACUGUGUCUUUAUUCAAUCAUUCAAUCUUUCCGUUUGAUUUUGGGAGGAGUCCUCUCUUUCGUCUGAUUAUCAAACGAAACGUGGGUAAAUGUUUACAUGAAAACAUUGCUGAACGUAUGCACAUUUCUCUCUCACGCUCUCGGUCUCCUUUUUCUCUCUCUCUUUAAAUGACUGUUAAAUUUCAAUGCCUUCACUUGUCUUGUAUGAGCAGUUGAAUAUUUUUGAAUUUCUCAAUUUCGCUAUGUCUCAAAGUGAAUCCUUAUUGUUUAGAGGAGAUGUUCUUAAAUGUCUAGACUCUAGAGUUUAUUGUAUAUUAAGAAGCUGUAUCAGAUUACUCUACCCUUUAUCCAGAGGAUCAAAUUGUUUUGGCUCUCCUUAAAAGUCCCUGUAAAGGAAUUUUGAUAUUAAAUUGAUGAAUAUAAAGAGAAAACAUGCCUUUAAUCUGGAAUAUAAAUCAUAAUGGUUUAAUCGGUUCAUGUGCCUAUGUUAAUGGCGACAUAUUUUGGGGAAGAAAUAAAAAUGAAAAUAUCUGUU